AUGGAACACUGUGCAAAGAAAGUGAAAUUAGAUAGUACAAGUAUAAAGGAAGGAGAGGCAGAAAUUCUGGUGAACAAUACAAAUGUAUUUUAUAACCCUGUCCAAGAAUUUAAUAGAGAUCUGAGCACAGCAGUGUUAAUGACUUAUAUAAAAAAUAGAAGUAAAGAAUCACAAAAAGAAGAAGGAAUCACUAUAUUAGAAGCUUUGUCUGCAACUGGUUUACGUAGUAUUCGAUAUGCCAAAGAAAUACAGGGUAUAAAACAGAUAGUAUCCAAUGACAUCAGUGCAAAGGCAGUGGAGAGUAUUAAAAGAAAUAUACAACAUAAUGGUGUUGAAGAUAUUGUGAAACCAAGUCAUGAAGAUGCAACGUUACUCAUGUAUCAAAGUAGAAAAGACAAAUUUGAUGUAGUAGACUUGGAUCCAUAUGGUUGUCCUACAAUAUUUUUGGAUGCAGCUGUUCAGUGUGUAUCGGAUGGUGGAUUACUUAUGAUUACAGCUACUGACAUGGCUGUAUUAGCUGGGAAUUCCCCUGAAACCUGUUAUCUUAAAUAUGGAGCUAUUUCAUUGAAAUCUAAAGCCUGUCAUGAAAUGGCAUUAAGAAUUUUAUUACAAAAUAUUGCUUCACAUGCAGGCCGUUAUGGAAGGUACAUAGUACCAAUGCUAUCUAUAAGUGCUGACUUUUAUAUAAGAGUAUUUGUUAAAGUGUUUUCCAGUCAAAUCAAAUGUAAAGAGAAUGCCACUAAAAUUGGAAUGGUGUAUCAAUGUACAGGUUGUGAGAGUAUAAGUACUCAAUCCUUAUGCUAUAAAAAGCCCUCUGGAGGCUACAAAUUAACAUCUUUGCCUUAUGUGGAUCGAUUAUGUAAAAUUUGCAAACAUAAGCAUCAUGAAGGAGGACCUAUAUGGUUAGGUCCUUUGCAUGAUCAACAUUUUGUAUCUCAACUUUUAUGUAAUUUGGAUGAAAUGAAAUUAGUAACAUCGAAAAGGAUAGAGGGAGUUUUGAAUGUUGUUCAUGAAGAACUAGAUGUUCCAUUAUACUACACUCUCGAUCGUUUAAUGUCUACAAUCAAAUGUAUCACACCAUCGAUGUUAAUAUUUCGAUCUGCAUUGUUAAAUGCAGGGUAUCAUGUAUCAUAUUCACAUGCAUGUAAGAUAUCGAUUAAAACGGACGCACCGAAUGAAGUUAUAUGGGACAUUGUACGUGCAUGGGAAAAAAAGAAUCCCAUAAAACGAGAUAAGCUACCAAAUGAUAGUUCUGCAAUAAAAAUAUUAGAUACACCAACAACUAUAGAUGUUUCAUUUGAUAUACAUCCUCUGGCCAAUCCAGUUUCCAGGCAAAACAAGUUAAGUCGGUUUCAGAAAAAUCCUACAGUCAAUUGGGGACCUGGUACACGUGCAAAAACAAGAAUUGAUCUAGAAAAUGAAUUUGAAAUCUCUAAAAAGAUUAAAAAUCAGAAUAAACAUUCCAAAAAAGAGAAACCUCAAGUCACAGAAAAUGCCGAGGAGACACAGCCCGUAUGAA